UAUGACUCCGUUACCAUUCUCAUAGUUUAUCACUGUACCCUGUACAGGGAAAGGGAGGAAAAUCUCCUGAUCUCGCAAGUAAGUAAGAGUGAGGUCCCAUAAGAAAAGAGGAAGAGUUCUCGAGAGUCCCGGCUGGACCCACCAAAGCUCAGACAGUCACUCAGACUCUCACUCAGCACAACUAAUGAGCGGCCCCACCUCCUGACAGAAAAAAAAAAAUAUAAAUCCUUACUUUCUGAGACAUUGGAAGAGCUUCAUCUCAUGGUGUUCAUCAUGAUGAUGUAGAGGAUGAGGUCGUGGACCAGGGAACAGAAAACGGAAAAGGGUGAAUGGUGUUCAGGUGAUCGGCGGUAUUAUGGGUCCGGUACUGAUACGGUAUCCGUACCGUAUUUUAACCCGGCGCCGCUACGGCAUUCCACAUGGACCACAAGAGCUCUGCUGACUAAGCCCUAUAGAGCGACAACAAAAAAGAUCGCGUCCCAAAGCUGCCCGUCCGUCUUGUCCUCCAGUCCAGCUCGACAUUUCUCCUCCCCCAACAUUCUGGGUCUUUUUUCCUUUUUCUUUCUUUUUCUCCCCUUUCGCUCUUUACUCCCCUCGGAUUCAGCUUCUUCUAUUCAGCCCAAUCAGUGGUGUUCCAUCCGACCGUUUCUCAUUUUGCGCUUCGAUUCCGUCAUAUCGGCGGAGACAUGCUCGGCCUUGUCCUCCGGAAAACAUUGAAUCGGUUUUCCCAUAUCUUUGUUUGAACUGCCUCCUUUCUUUAUUCGGGAAAAUCAAUUGAUCUUUAGCUCUCGUUGUACCUUCAUUUCUAACCCGAGACUCGCCCAAUCCGAAAGGUGGAACCUCCUAGAGUGCC